CAAACAACGUGCAUCAUUGGCAUCCUCCUUCAUUACAAGCGGGAUUUAUUCGCAUUACUAAACAUGUCCGAAUCUAGAACACAUAGUAGUACACCGACAAUAGAUAUCGAAGACAGCGACGACGAGAGCGUUGUAGAAGCUCGUAUUCACGAAACGUCUCACCUGCUUGGAGAAGAUUUAUACCCGAGAUACGCUACGGCGUCACCACUUCCGUCCAUCCGGCCAAGAGACGAGGCUCCGAAAGAUUUUUGGACAACGUUCAGAACAAGAACAAAAUAUUACUUUCCUGCCCUGCAGUGGAUGCCCUCUUACAGCUUCCACCUGUUUACAGGCGAUUUACUAGCCGGCCUAACUUUAUCUUGCUUGAUGAUUCCACAAGCUCUUUCAUACGCUACUGCAUUGUGUAAAUUAGAGGCCGUCCACGGACUUUAUGCCAUUGCGUUUCCCGCUAUCACCUAUGCCCUAUUUGGUAUGUCUCGACAAUUAUCUAUGGGUCCGGAGGCAUCACUAUCUAUGUUGGUGGGUUCGGCCAUUGCACAGCAACAACAUAUGGAAGAUGAUGAAGAUCCGCUGAAAAGUGCCUUGGCGCUUUCCUGCUUGUUGACGCUCUUUGUCGGAAUCUUCACAUUUUUGCUCGGCAUCUUCCGCCUCGGUUUCUUGGACAGUUUGAUGAGUCGAGCCUUGCUUCGCGGUUUCAUCACUGCUGUUGCCAUCGUCGUCAUGGUGCAACAAAGUAUUACUUUAUUGGGAUUGGUUCAGCUUAGUGAAGAAUGGGGCAUAUCCGAAGCAUCCUCCACCAUUGAUCGACUUAUAUUCUUGGCUGAGAACAUUACACAAUUGCAUGUUCUGACUGCGGCUACAUCCGCUAUAGCAUGUAUCGUCUUGUUUGGAGCCAGAGUCAUCAAGGCUAAAUUCCCUUCUGCUCGCUGGUUGCAAUUGCUUCCUGAAGUUCUUUUGGUUGUCGUGGCAUCCAUUAUUCUUACUGGUAUCUUUCGCUGGGAUCUCGAGGGUCUUCAAGUGCUUGGUGACAUCAAAGGUGGUGGUAUACCAUUACCAUCUAUUCCCGAGAUCCCGCAUCGCAAGCAUUUCAAAGACAUUGCUCUGACCGCCGGCUUGAUCUCUAUGAUUGGUUUUGUCGAAUCCAUUGUUAUCUCCAAAACUUACUCUAGCAAACACAACUACACUGUUAGCGCUAACCGAGAAUUAGUCGCAAUGGGCGCUGCCAACAUUAUGGGCGGUCUCUUCCAGGGAAUCCCCGCAUUUGGAUCGGUUGCUCGAAGCAAAAUCAAUGAUAGAGCAGGUGCACGCACUCAAAUGGCGGGUUUGAUCACUGGUAUCAUUGCCUUGCUGGCCAUCUUGUUCCUGCUUCCUUAUUUAUACUAUUUGCCAAAGGCAGUGUUGAGUUCAGUCAUUUUCAUUGCCGUCCUCUAUAUCCUGUUUGAAGCUCCAGAGGAUAUCCACUUCAUGUUCAAGAUCGGAGCAUGGCGAGAUAUCACUUUGUUUUGUCUUACUUUCCUCGCCACUGUUGUUAUCUCAUUGGAAUUCGGCACUCUUCUAGCGGUCUCCUUGUCGUUGCUGCUUACUGUCAAGGAAACCAGCUACCCGCGCAUCACUAUCAUGGGCCGAGUCAAGGGAACCCAUAACAAGUUUCGGCCAAUUAAGGACGGACCUGACUUUAUUGAACAUGUCGAAGAUGUCCUGAUUGUCCGCAUUGAAGAACCGCUCUUUUUUGCGAACACCGGGCAAUUGAAGGACAGACUACGACGAUUGGAGGUGUUUGGAGAUAUGUCUAUUCAUCCAUCUGAAAACCCUCGCCUUCGGGACAGAUCGUUCAUCAUUUUCGACGUCAGCAAUAUGCCUGAAAUUGAUGCCAGUGCUGUUCAAAUUCUAUAUGAGAUCGUUGCUUCCUACCGUAGUCGUGGAGUAGAGGUUUAUUUUGUUAAGCUAAGAGACAAUGCUCUCGAGCUAUUUAUUCGGUCUGGUCUAUUGGAGUUUGUUGGUCGUGAUCAUACACACAAGAAAGUGUCCGAUGCCAUUGAAGCUAUCGAGAAGGUAGCAACUCAUCGACCACAAAUUAGCGUUCACUAGCACACCUUAUAUCCCAUCCAUACAGCACAUUGUAGCUUUCAUUGAUUGUUUUUUUAUUAUUGAAUACAAUCGAUUAGCUUGGCAGAUCAAUUUACCCUUUGAAAGCCCUAAAAAAAAAAUUUUUUUUUUUUAAAGCACUUGUCGAAAGUGUCAGAUUAUCGUUUUCAAUUUCUAGAAUGUGAUUGGUUAGCUGUGACACACCUUUUUUCAAAAUUUGAGAUCUGGUCAACACCGCUGAAUAUAAAUUUUUC